GGUGCGUCGAGCUCGCCGCGGACCCAAGAUGGCGGCGUGUGGACGUGUACGGAGGAUGUUCCGCUUGUCGGCGGCGCUGCAGCUGCUGCUGCUCGCGGCGGCCGGGGCCCAGAAACUCCCGGGCCAGGGCGGCCACGGCCAGGGCCAGGGCCCCGGGGCCAACUUUCCGGCCUUUGUAGGGCAGACUGGAGGCGGCGGGCCGGCAGGUCAGCCGCUGCUCCAGCUGCCUCAGUCAUCUCAGCUCCAGCACCAGCCGCAGCAGCCGCAGCAACCGCCUCAGCCGCCGCAGCCGCCUUUCCCGGCGGGUGGGCCUCCAGCCCGGCGGGGCGGAGCGGGGCCCGGCGGGGCUGGCGGGGGCUGGAAGCUGGCGGAGGAAGAGUCCUGCAGGGAGGACGUGACCCGUGUGUGUCCCAAGCACACCUGGAGCAACAACCUGGCGGUUCUCGAGUGCCUGCAGGACGUGAGGGAGCCUGAAAAUGAGAUUUCUUCAGACUGCAAUCAUUUGUUGUGGAAUUACAAGCUGAAUCUAACUACAGACCCCAAAUUUGAAUCUGUGGCCAGAGAGGUUUGCAAAUCCACCAUAUCAGAGAUUAAAGAAUGUGCUGAUGAACCAGUUGGGAAAGGUUACUUGGUUUCCUGCUUGGUGGAUCACCGAGGCAACAUCACUGAGUACCAGUGUCACCAGUAUAUCACCAAGAUGACGGCCAUCAUUUUCAGUGAUUACCGUCUAAUCUGUGGCUUCAUGGAUGACUGCAAAAAUGACAUCAACAUUCUGAAAUGUGGCAGCAUUCGGCUUGGAGAAAAGGAUGCACAUUCACAAGGUGAGGUGGUAUCAUGUUUGGAAAAGGGCCUGGUGAAGGAAGCAGAAGAGAGAGAUCCCAAGAUUCAAGUCUCUGAACUCUGCAAGAAAGCCAUUCUGCGGGUAGCUGAGCUGUCCUCAGAUGACUUUCAUCUAGACCGGCAUUUAUAUUUUGCUUGCCGAGAUGAUCGGGAGCGUUUUUGUGAAAACACGCAAGCUGGGGAAGGCAGAGUGUAUAAAUGCCUCUUUAACCAUAAGUUUGAAGAAUCCAUGAGUGAGAAGUGUCGAGAAGCACUGACGACCCGCCAAAAGCUGAUUGCCCAGGAUUACAAAGUCAGUUAUUCGUUGGCGAAAUCCUGUAAGAGUGACCUGAAGAAAUACCGGUGUAAUGUGGAAAACCUUCCGCGGUCCCGGGAAGCCAGGCUCUCCUACCUUCUCAUGUGUCUGGAGUCAGCUGUGCAUAGAGGGCGCCAAGUAAGCAGUGAGUGCCAGGGGGAGAUGUUAGAUUACCGGCGCAUGUUGAUGGAAGACUUUUCUUUGAGCCCUGAGAUCAUCCUGAGCUGUCGGGGGGAGAUUGAACACCACUGUUCUGGAUUACAUCGAAAAGGGCGAACUCUGCAUUGUCUAAUGAAAGUAGUUCGUGGGGAAAAAGGGAACCUCGGAAUGAACUGCCAGCAGGCGCUGCAAACACUGAUUCAGGAGACUGACCCUGGUGCAGAUUACCGCAUUGAUAGAGCCCUGAAUGAAGCUUGUGAAUCUGUAAUACAGACAGCCUGCAAACACAUAAGAUCGGGAGACCCAAUGAUCCUCUCAUGCUUGAUGGAACACUUAUACACAGAGAAAAUGGUGGAAGAUUGUGAGCACCGUCUAUUAGAACUGCAGUAUUUCAUCUCUCGAGAUUGGAAGCUGGACCCUGUCUUAUACCGCAAGUGCCAGGGAGAUGCAUCUCGUCUUUGCCACACCCAUGGUUGGAAUGAAACCAGUGAACUUAUGCCUCCUGGAGCUGUGUUCUCUUGCUUGUAUAGACACGCCUACCGCACUGAGGAACAGGGCAGGAGGCUGUCUCGGGAGUGCCGAGCUGAAGUUCAAAGAAUCCUACACCAACGUGCCAUGGAUGUUAAGCUAGAUCCCGCCCUCCAGGAUAAGUGCCUGAUUGAUUUGGGAAAGUGGUGCAGUGAAAAAACAGAGACUGGACAGGAGCUUGAGUGCCUCCAGGACCACCUUGACGACCUGGCUGUAGAGUGCAGAGAUAUAGUCGGCAACCUCACCGAGUUAGAAUCCGAGGACAUUCAAAUAGAAGCCUUGCUGAUGAGAGCCUGUGAGCCCAUAAUUCAGAACUUUUGCCAUGAUGUGGCAGAUAACCAGAUCGACUCUGGGGACCUGAUGGAAUGUCUCAUUCAGAACAAACACCAGAAGGAUAUGAAUGAGAAGUGUGCCAUUGGAGUCACCCACUUCCAGCUGGUGCAGAUGAAGGAUUUUCGUUUCUCUUACAAGUUUAAAAUGGCCUGCAAGGAGGAUGUGUUGAAACUUUGCCCCAACAUAAAAAAGAAGGUGGACGUGGUGAUCUGCCUGAGCACGACCGUGCGCAAUGACACUCUCCAGGAGGCCAAGGAGCACAGGGUGUCCCUGAAGUGCCGCAAGCAGCUGCGGGUGGAGGAGCUAGAGAUGACCGAGGACAUCCGUCUGGAACCAGAUCUGUAUGAAGCUUGCAAGACUGACAUCAAGAACUACUGUUCCACUGUGCAGUAUGGCAAUGCUCAGAUUAUUGAAUGUCUGAAAGAAAACAAGAAGCAGCUAAGUACCCGUUGCCACCAGAAAGUUUUUAAGCUACAGGAGACAGAGAUGAUGGACCCAGAACUAGACUAUACACUCAUGAGAGUUUGCAAGCAGAUGAUAAAGAGGUUCUGUCCAGAAGCAGAUUCCAAAACCAUGUUGCAGUGCUUGAAACAAAAUAAAAACAGUGAAUUGAUGGAUCCCAAAUGCAAACAGAUGAUAACCAAGCGCCAGAUCACCCAGAACACAGAUUACCGCCUAAACCCUGUGUUAAGGAAAGCCUGUAAAGCUGACAUUCCUAAAUUCUGCCAUGGUAUCCUGACUAAGGCCAAGGAUGAUUCAGAGCUGGAAGGUCAAGUCAUUUCUUGUCUCAAGCUGAGAUAUGCUGAUCAGCGGCUUUCUUCAGACUGUGAAGACCAGAUACGGAUUAUUAUCCAGGAGUCUGCUCUGGAUUACCGACUAGAUCCUCAGCUCCAGCUGCACUGCUCAGAUGAGAUCUCUAAUCUGUGUGCCGAAGAAGCAGCAGCCCAAGAGCAGACGGGUCAAGUGGAGGAAUGCCUCAAAGUUAACCUGCUCAAAAUCAAGACGGACACUUGUAAGAAGGAAGUGUUAAACAUGCUGAAGGAAAGCAAAGCAGACAUCUUUGUGGACCCAGUCCUUCAUACAGCGUGUGCCCUGGACAUUAAACACCACUGUGCAGCCAUUACACCUGGCCGAGGGCGUCAAAUGUCCUGCCUCAUGGAGGCCCUGGAGGAUAAGCGGGUGAGGUUACAACCCGAGUGCAAAAAACGCCUCAAUGACCGGAUUGAAAUGUGGAGUUACGCUGCAAAGGUGGCCCCAGCAGAUGGCUUCUCUGACCUCGCCAUGCAAGUGAUGACAUCUCCAUCAAAGAACUACAUUCUGUCUGUGAUCAGUGGGAGCAUCUGUAUAUUGUUCCUGAUUGGCCUGAUGUGUGGACGUAUCACCAAGCGGGUAACACGAGAGCUCAAGGACAGGUAGAGCCACCUUGACCGCCAGAGGAACUACCUGUCCGGUGCCCAGUUUGUACAGCCCUCCUGUAUAGUGUGCCCACUCACCUGGUUCUUCUCACAGGUGGCACCAGCACCCAUGUUAGAGCAGCAGCAGGUGUCCUCUGCAUUGUCCCGCCUCCAACUUCGCCCGUGUCCAUGGUGCCCUCCUCCUCCUCCUCCUCCUCCUCCUCCUCCUCGACCAUUUGUGCAGCAGCUGCAGCUGGCCGCUCUGGUUAUUGCCUGUGUUGGCAAAUUGGGGUUUACCUGCCCGUAGACAAGUCUCUCUCAUACCAAUGGAACUACCAAUACUUCCAGAACCAACUUACCUGACCUGCAACUCAAAUGAUUUUUAAAAAAACAAAACAAAACAAAACCAAAAAAAAAGAAAGAAAAAGAAAUUUUUAAAGAAAGAAAAAAAUGUAUAUAGUAGCACAUCUCCUCCAGGCUUGAUUGGGCAAUGGGGUUAUUUCUUCUGUGUGACUGUAAAAUGAAGGCAGGACUUUAGGGGGAAAACACACCACCCAAUAUGCUAUUACUGGGAUGUCUUGCUCAUUUCUCAAAAGCACUUUUGGACCAUGUGGAGGCCAUGGACUUCACCGAGGAGUGGGAAACCACUAACCAGCCUGCUUUGGGUCUUGUUUUCUUCUGGGCUGAAACAGUGAUGCCUUCCAGUUCCCACUUUAACAGAGCGACUGCUGGUCACGAUCCCAAGGCCAUGAGUAUUUCUAUGAUCUCCUCACUUCAGUGAAGUAAAGCAAGCAUGAGCUUCCCUGGGCCAAGGGCAAACGGGUUGGGGAGGAGAUCAGAAGUGUGUGAAGCUGGUCAGCCACUUGAUCUGCACCGGGAGGCUGGACUCUGAGUCCCAAGGCACAGGAUCUCCAGGCAUCAUCCUCCUCCAGGCUAGCACAGGACUCAGUCAUAUUUGGAUUGACCCUGCUGGGGGAUAGCAGUUAAUCUAGAAGGCCUGCUGGGAGACAGUGACUACAGCGGGGGAGGGAGCUCAGGGCAGGAAGGAGGGGCAGGGAUUGAUUCACUUUGCUUUAUGUUUCAGGCAACAAUGCAGGUCAGAGACAGUGGCUUAUAAAGAUUUAGGCGUGGUCUCAGGGUGUGACUGGCCGUCCAAUGUGACCCUUCUGCAGGCUCGAUGCCACCUUCCCAGACAAGUUCCCUUAUGCCUCUUUGUGGAGAGGACUUGGAAAGUUACUAUGUUAAAAGAUGGAGCCUAUUCUCCGUGUUUUGUUUUGUUUUGUUCCCCUUUCUGUCCAUUUGCUGCAUACACCCACUGUAGUAGGCAUUGGCUAAAUGUUGUACUUUGAUGAUUCAUCAGUCUUUCCAGAAUCUGAGCUUUAUGGAAGCAGUCUUCCUGGCCGUCCUCCCUCGUCCUUCCAGUGUGGGAUAACAGGUUUGGAGUGUAAAAGGGAGGGGUGCAAGCAUCAGGGUCCAACCUGGCACACCUUGGUUUGAGUUUGGGCAUGGAGUUACAGUGGCUGCACAAGAGGGUGGCAUGUACAGUAGGAGAUAUAUUUAUAUAAUAUAUAUUUUAUUAACCUGUUAGACGUCCACAGAGUAUUAUAAAUCACGUGCCUAAAACUGUCCACAUAGACCAUGGCACCCUUCCUUGCCCUGCCCCUCCUUUGCCACCGUCCACAUGGGCUGCAGGACCUACGCAACAUUUGUCUCCCCUGAAAUGUGUUCGAUACAAAGUGGGUCAGUGUGUGGAUCAGUUGAUUCAAAUUACUCCUUGUCUAAUCUGACUGGCAUAUAUUUGAAUACUGUGGUUUUCUUCUUUUUCUUGUUGCUACCCUUCCUGGAGGCAGUGGGGUCCAGAAACCAGCUCUGUCCCCCUGCCUAGGGUACUUCAAGUCACCAAGGGGAGCUGCUAAGCUGCUUGGUCCCCUCAGUCCUGCUCUUAGGGUCUUCCUGAUUCUCAGCACCUGUCCUGGGAUUCUUUAGCCUCAUAAAACUUGAAACUCUUGGAGUCUGGGCAACAGCCCCCUGCUACCACCAUUGUGGGACUGAAUUGGGCUGGUCCAGAUGGUCCACCUCCAGGGGUUCCCACCUGGGCUGCAGGAGCUUGGGAAUGAGAACUGGGGAUGUCAUCUAAACGCAGGCCCCCACCAACGUGUCUGGCAUGGUUUACAGGAUAGGAUAAACAUUCAUCAUUUGGUGAGUGUGUGCAUACCGCUCUCCAUCUGUACAUUCUCCCUCCCAAUGUAUGUAAAACAUCCCAUAGUUUAAUGUGUCUUGACAUUUUGGGUUUGUCUUAGUUGUCUGCAACAAAUCGGGAAGCUUGAAAAGGAGUUUGAUUCUUGAAACAUUUGUCAUCUUUAGAAAUAGUCAGAAUAAAAGGGAUAAUUCUGCCAGUAUCUUCAGUUGCUUGUUGCUAGAAAGCAUUUCAUCAUUCUGCGUGGAGUAGUUUCAGGUGACCGGUUCUUGAGAGUCCCAGGUAGUGUCCUGAGCAGUUUUCUACCUCCAGGGGGCCCAGCACCAUCUGAACCUGUAGCUCAACUGUAUCCAUUGGUCCCUCAUUUGGUGGAACAACACAGGUUCUGGACCUCAUGGAUUACUAGCCUUAUGGGUCAGUCGUGAAAUCAGCUAGUUGAGAGUUAAUGAAGAAGAGGAAACCAUGGCCCUAGUGGAGGAGCCGAUGAUGGACCUUGUCCUUAUCUCUUCUGGUGUCUAGCCCAUGGACAAUAACAAGCAGCCAGUGAUGGGGUUGGGGGGCAGGGGGGUGGGUGGUUCCAAGGUCAAGGCUUCAGGCACUUGCUGAAAAUUACAGUAGCCAGGGAACUCAUCUGGCCUUGUCAGCUCCCUCCAGUAUCUCAGGGAGUCAUACUCAGUGUGCUCCACAAUGCUCAAGAGGCACCAGGAGGUUACUCUCCCGGGCUGGAGGCCAUGCGGUACAGGAAAUCAGAAAUGCAGGCAGGCUGUCAAGAACAAGACUGUUCCCUCUAACUGAGUUUCUCUCACAGAAGGGUAGCUCUGGAAGUGAGACCUUUACCCUGGUGCAUCCCUCACCUUCCUCUGCUCUUGCUUCUGUCCCAAGAAAAGUCUCUUAGCAAGAUGUGCUGAGGUGGGAGCAGAGCAGAGGCUCAGGUUCACUCCAGCAGUAAAGCCUUCCUCUUCUGCAUUCCCUGGAGAACCCUCAGUUCUGUGGGUCCGGUCGGCUUGUUCGGAGCCAGCCUGUCCCUGGAAGCCAGGGGAUUCUGGUGCUCUGCAGGCAUUGGCCUGAAUUCCCUGCAGGCCUUCCGGGCCUUCCGCUGUCUCGUAUCCUGUACUUUCUUUUCUGGGGGACAGAGAGCAGCUCUGCGGGGGCGGGGGGGGGGUGGGGGAGUCUGCUUUCCCAGAAGAGGUGACAGAAUGAUCAGGUUUCACUUCCUCCCAUUUCCCAAAGUCAUGUAAUAAAAGAAUCCAAUAGUAAAGAGGUCUGUAUUAAUCCGUUCACAUAUCAUCAAAGUGGAAAGGAACUUAUGUGCUGACUUCCCUCUAUUUUCCCAAGAGAAGAUUCACUCUCAUGUGUGAGAAUGACUUCUGGAAAUGUCUCCCAUCCUCCCCACCUCCGGGCUGUGGUACAGCUUCUAUCCCAAAGACCCCCACUAUAGUGAGUCAUCCAGGGAGAGGUGGAUUGCUUCAUGUAGCUGGUCUCAAAUUCUUUUGAGAAAAGGCUCUCAUUUCCUGCUUUUUCCCCUACCCCACCAAAAACUACCCACACUCCGAGUAUAGCUUAUGUUAAGUGAACAGAUACAGAGAGCCACAACGCCAGCCAACCCAGCCUGACACAUUCAACCUAAAUUUUGCCAUAGAACAAAAAGAAGAGGGCUUUUUGAAUUGUGUGCAUUUAGGUAUAUAGUAUCUGUAUUUCAGAUUCUUACAAAUUUGAGAAACCUGAAAGAUACCUUUUAUUUCUCGCGAUUUGGGCGGCACCUGCAUCGCUUUAUCCAGUUCCUUGAGUUUCUCCUGGGCCUUUAGGGACUCCUCUCUCUUCACCUCUUCUCCUCUGGUCUCCGAUUCCCAAGGGCCAUGGGGCCAGAGCUGAUGUUCUGGCCUGCCUUUGUCUUUCUUACUGUCUCCCUCUCUCCUCUGCUUUCGGUCGGCCAUCUCUCUAGUACUCUCCUCUUGGUCCUCCUCUCCAUUAGGACCAGGGUCACACGUUAGGUCAGUCUAGUUCGAAGGCGAAGCCCCCUUCCUGCCCUGGCCUCAGACGACAGACAAGUCAUACAAACCCAGACUGACUCUUCAGAGUGACCAGCUUCCCCGAACAUCUAGGGAGGUCACUAUGGAGACCCAGGGACUGUUUGUCAUCCGGACCACAAGGUGGGACUAUCUGCUUGGGCUGGUGGUGACAGGAUCCUGAUGGUUUCCUCUCCGUGCCUCCUCCCAAGAUCUGUCACCACACCCCAGUAGGGAUGUUGGGAUUCGGACAGUACAGAAACCUCCCUAGGCAAGGAGAAAGUUCAGAUAGUGCCUCUAUAUUCUGUUUUUGCCUUCCCCCCCAUCAUGGAAUCGACACCUGGACCCCAGAGCCCAGCAGGCCCAUGCCCGAGCCAGGGAGGCAGGAGCAGGCCCCCGGGGCAGGCUGCAGCACGUAGGCUGGAGGGGCUGCGGCAGAGCCGAGCCGGCCAUAGGCUUCCUGACGGCUCCCCCUGGCUCAGCGUGCCCAGGUCAGUCCAAGCAGGAAAACAGACUGAACAGCAGGUGCUGUGUGAGAUCUUAGGCCUUGAACUUUUUUUUUUUUUAAGAAAGAGAAAAAAAGUGAAAUUAACAAGCCUCUUUUGUAAAUGAUUUUUCUUUCUAUGUAUAAAAUCCCGGCAGUUCCUUGUUUUUACAUGUUCAUGCUGUGUAAUUUUGAGAUGUUACUGAGAUCCUGAACAUAAUGUGCAUUUUUUUCUGUACAGAUGAAAUGGGAGAAUUUAAUAAAGAGUUUGCAGGUUUUUACUGGUGAAA